UCAUUAGUAACUCAAUAAAUAUCUAAACAAUGGGUUUGUUUCUUUCACUACCUAAAAUCUAGCUGAAGAGUCUUAUCGAAGAAGAAACCCAAAAGAGGCAUUUGUAGCGACGAGCAUCCGUUACCGGCAAAAGGGUUUAGAUUCAAUUGUCUGAUUUAUUUGCUGAAAGCUGAAAAAAAAACGACACUUUGUUGAGAUUUUGUUGUUCUCAGACAUAAAGUUCGUCGCUUUCCUCUCACUUGUCAUUCAACUGCAUCUUGAUUCUGGUAAAGGAACUUGGGAGUUCUUGAACUAGAACCGCUCCUCGUUUUUUUUUGGUGUGUAUAUGAAUGAAAUGGACACGAAAAGUUGUUCAAAAUCGAUUGGAUCUGUGUCUGAGGCUGUGAUUGUAGUCUCUGAUGUGAAGGGUGAGACGAGUAACUCUGUCUCAGACCAUGUGUUGGUUGAAGAACAGAAUGAGAAUAAACCGCAACACGGUGUUGGAUGCAGUAACGUUUCAGCUCAUGCUGUUCACGAGGAAGUUGCAAAUAACGUUACUGCGGUAAGCUGUCACGAGAGCGAUUCAUCAACAAAAGCAAAAGACAAGGAGUUUCACGUGGUUGAUCUGAGCGGUGGAGGAGAAAGUGAUAACGGACAAAGAAUCUGCAGAAUCUGUCACUUUGGUUCUGAUCAAACGCCAGAUAGAGUCUCUGGCAAGUCGGUAAAUGUAGAGUUGAUUCAGAUUGGUUGCAAAUGCAAAAACGAGCUUGGCCUUGCGCAUUUUCAUUGCGCUGAAGCUUGGUUCAAGCUAAGAGGAAACAGUGUAUGUGAAAUCUGCGGUUCUUCAGCACUGAAUGUUCCAGUAAGGUUGACGGAGGAGGAGUGGAGCGAAAUAAGGGAUACUACAAUGGAUGAAGGAAGAAGACGUGGGACUGGACAGUCUUGCUGCAUCUUCAUGGUUUUUCUGCUCACUAUCAUUCUGCUUCAUUGGUUUUUCAAGAAGAUGAGUACUUACUAUCAAAACCCAUCUAUUUAAUUUGUUAGUUUAUAAGCAUAUAUGUUGGUAACUUUUUUUUUUGAGAAGUAUAUGUUGGUAACUUGUAAAUUCUAUUCUGACUCUA